AUGGAGCCGAGAGCUGGGGGUCGUUUCCCUCUUCCUUUUAACCGCGCUGGGGGAACGCUGGGGCCGUCGUCGCUCUGCCAAGCUGCAGCCCGGGUGUCUGGGGAAGGAACAGGAAAUACAGUGGUGAUAAUGGUUGGCUACCCAAAAGGAAUAGAGAUAUUGGAGCCGGUACGGAGAGGGAUUCCAGUGAAAAUGACCAUUGUUGUGGGCACACGACACGUGCAGGAAUACAUCAGUGGCCAGUCUGUUGUGUUUGUAGCCAUCGCCUUCAUCACCAUGAUGAUUAUAUCACUUGCUUGGCUCAUAUUUUACUAUAUACAACGUUUCCUGUACACAGGAUCACAGUUUGGAAACCAGGGACAUAGGAAAGAAACUAAGAAAGCAAUCAGCCAGCUUCAGCUCCAUACUGUGAAACGCGGAGAAAAGGGUUUAGAUGUUGAUGUGGAAAACUGUGCCGUGUGUAUUGAGAACUAUAAACUGAAAGACACUGUCAGAAUUCUGCCAUGCAAGCACAUCUUCCAUAGAACAUGCAUUGACCCUUGGCUUUUGGACCACAGAACUUGUCCAAUGUGCAAACUAGAUGUUAUCAAAGCUUUGGGAUACUGGGGGGACCCUGAAGAUGUCCUUGAGGUUCCAAUACCUGAAUCAAUCAGUGGCAGUGUUUCAGUGGGAAGCCUGAGUAUUGCUUUGCAAGACGAUGACAGAAAUGAAGUCAGCGAGCUGUCGGCUUCCUCCACCAACGAGUCUGUCCUGCAGUGCACCAGCUUGAAGGAGGACGCCGGCGAAACCACGGCACUGCUUGAUGUGGAUGUCAGUAAUAACCGGCAUGGAGAACAUCUAUCUAGUGGAAGUUCCCACUGAACUGCUUCAUGGAAGAGAUCUUGAAUAGACUGCUGAAGAACUAUUAUUUUUUAUUUAAUUAGUAUGGACUUUUGUCUAGUUAACAGGAAAAAACAUAACAAUGUAAAUUAUUUUACCUUUCAAACUUUUCUAGCUGGUGUUCCAAAAGGGCUAAUAACUAAGAAUUUUGUACACAGGAGGAUUUUAUAAAAAUCUCCUCUGGAUGUCUCAUCCUAAAAACCAAGAUGCAAUAACCCUUUUUCUGUAAGCGUUGUUACAAUGUCAUUGUGUUCAGAGGGCUGUAACAAAGAUGAAGACUAGGCAGUGAAAACAAUGUAGAAUGUCUAACAGAUAAGUAUUUUGAUGCACUAUUUACAUUCACUAUAUACACAUGGAGAACACUUACAAGACUAUAGCUAUUAAAAUAUUCUGAAAGUUCUGAUCUGUUUUAAUUGGAGAUGGAUGUUCUUAGAAAUGACACAAUUUAACCUUGAAGGAAUCAAAUAACUUUAGUUAUGUUGCAUAUCC